AUGUCUACUACCUAUGUUGUCACUGGCGUCACGCGCGGUAUUGGAUGGGCUUUCUUGGAGAAUCUCUCCCAGAACCCCGAAAACACUGUCAUCGCCCUCGUACGAAAUAAAGCGGGCACUGAGAAGCGCGUCGUGGAAGAGCUAGGCAGCCCAAAGAACGUUCACGUGGUCGAGGCUGAUCUCACAAACUACGCAUCUAUCGAGGGCCGGGCCAAGAAGGUCAUCGCUCUGGGAUCGGGGCUGGCCGAUACUCAUCUCACCGCCAAGUACAGGCUUGAUCUGGGCAGCCCUUAUUCCAUGAGUAAGGCGGCACUCAAUAUGCUUGUGGCCAAAUAUCACGCCAGCUAUGCCGAUCAAGGAGUCCUGUUCUUAUCCAUCAGCCCUGGCCUUGUCGACACCGGGCACCAGAGCCAACUGACCGAGGAGGGAAUGCUCAACCUGCAGCGUAUGCUGGCCAGCUUUGCUGAAUACGCCCCCGGCUUCAAAAUGUUCACGCCUGAGGAAUCGGUAGGAUACAUGAUGAAGGUUGUGGCUGAUGCCACGGUUGAGAAGUACGGUGGCACCGCUGUCUCGCACCAUGGAGACGAUAAAUGGCUUUGA